AUGUUCACGACGCCGGAUAUCGAUGCUACGACGUUCCAUCAUUCUGGGUACCCUCACCGCCAGUAUUCCGAGCUGCAGCAGCCUCGUCCCCGUCAAGAUCAGGACGCCAUGAAGGACGUCUUCGAAUUCUUGUACGGCGCCACAGCCGAGCGUAAUCCGACACCCGCUCCAACCAAACGCGUCUCCUUCGCCGCUGCUCCGUCAUAUUCGUCUUCGGUACCACCCACUCCCGCUCCCCAGACGCCACUCAAACCGCGUCCCUCAGCCCAUCAAGCUAAGCCCCAGUCUGACGAAGACGCCAUAACCGACUUCCUCACAAGUCUCUUCGAUGCUCCUGUUGAAGCUCCAAAGAAGGCCGCUGCCCCUGCGCAACCUACUGUGCAGGCUCCCGAGCCUCAGCAAUCUUCGUCAGCCUCUCCUGCCGAUGACGAGGCCGUCGCGAAGUUCAUCUCCAACCUUUUCGGGGUUCCGAUGCACGUCUCGCAGAAGACUACGCCGGAUGAAUCUACUCCUGGUCCUGCUCCCGCCCCUACACCUGCCCCUGCUCCAGCAGCCGCGGAAACGAAGCCGACUCCUACUCCUGUCGCAACCAAGGAGACCGCGUCGGACGAAGAUGUUUUUCUCAAUAUACUCUCUGGUCUUUUCGGUCUCGGAGCUUUCCCUCAGCACCAUCCAUCAGCUCCUCAAACCGCUAAACCAACACCUCAACCAGCUCCUCAAGCUCAUUCUACACCCGGAAUUGUGAUUCGAGAUGACCCUCCCAAGGACGUCAAGGGCAAGGGCAAAGCCCGGGAACCAUCCCCAUCCCCGUCGCCUUCCCCCGCUCCCAUUCCUGCAUCCACAUCCGCACCCACCGCCCCAGUGACACACAACUUCCUCUCAUCCCUUCUCGAGAAUUUGUCCUCGGCAGGCGGAGCCGCCACUCAGGGAGUCGCUACUCGACUUCAAGAGGAGUUGUUGUCCGGAAAAUUGGAUAGGGAGAUGGAGGAGGUUGUGACGAACGUUUUGGCUAGCCUCGUCGGCGGAUUGGGUGAUCGUCAGCACCAGUAUUCGCCUGCUGCUGAAGGCGCGAGUACUUCGGGUUCUUCUCAUAGUUCGCGGUCGAGUUCGCCUGGUGCUUCGGGGUCUGGAACGAAGAGCACCGAAAGCGUUCGACCUACACCCAUCACCAUCUCCGUCAACCCCGUAAACGUCGACUCCACUCCCACUUCAACUGAACCGUCCAUCCCCGAACCUCCCUCCCCCACCGAAUCGACCCAUUCGAACCACUCCACGCUCUCCAUCCACUCCAUCGCCAAGAUCGAAUCCUCUUUCCAUACUUUGCGCGAUUCGUUCGUCUUCCCGCCUUCUCUCGACUUUUCCACCUCCGAGGAGGGUGUACAAGGUGUCAAUCUCGCGUUCACACCUACCAACGCCCCGCUUCGCGCAUACGAGCAUGCGUUGAAUGACUUGUUGGCGCAGUUGGACGAGGUGGAGAGUGAGGGAGAUGAGAGUGUGAGAGGGAGGAGGAGGGAGGUCGUUAGGGAGGUGGAGAAGGAGUUGGAGAGGGUUGAGGGGAAGGUUGGGGAAAUGAAAAAGGAGGUUGCGGGGGUGGAGGUGAAGGAGGAUAAGGCUAAGAAAGUUGAGGAGGCUGGCGACGAUGCGAAGGUGGAACGCGCGGAGAUGAAGGAUGUCGAAGUGGAGAAGACUGUGGAGGAGGUCCAGCCCGCCACAGUCGAAGUUGCACUCGACGCGGAGACCACUCCCACUCCCGCCAUUGAGGUCCCAACAGAGUCUACAAUCGCUAUAAAGGCUCCUUCCACUUCCGAACUGGAGCCUCAGCCAUCCAAGACCGCAUCAGAUUUCGUCGAUACCUCUACCGUGUCAGAUCCCGUCGAUAACUCUGAUACCGCCGCCACUGCUACUUCACCUGUUCUUGCGCCAGUCGUCGAGGAUGUUGUCACUCAGCCUCCGGCAAUCGCGACAUCUCCCACCGUAAUCGCCUCCGAGGAGCCCCUUUCACGUGAAGAGCCUUCACCCGCGUCCACCGAAGCCGAACCCACCCCCACGAUCUCCUCUUCGUCUUCGGCGAAUUCAACGCCCCUCGAACCUUUGGCCCUCACGGACUUGGCUAGUUCCGUCGACUCCGAGCCGUCACCACCAUCCGACUCCGUUAUUCCCGGAGUCCACCACGACGAGCCUUCUGAUCCAGAGCCAUCAUCGCCGCAGCAGACAACAGAGGUAGAAGCAGAACAAACAACGGAUAGCCCGAAGUCCCCAGACUCGACUCCAGAAUUCCUCAGCUCGUUCACGAAAGACCAGUUCAGCUUCCCUCCUCGACGAUCGUUCACUACCGAGGAAUCACAGUCGCAGUCCGUGAAACCUGCGGAGGCGGACGAGGACGUGGUGGUAGUGGAGGGGACGGAGACAGUGACGAGCGAGGUGGAGAGCGAGAGCAGUGUUAGCGUUUCGGUGGACGGGAGUGAGUGGUCUGAGGUUGAUGCUUAG